AAAAAAUGACCCCAGGGUUGCUUUCAAAAAGGGGUCAUCCCAUGGUUUUUUUGGUCUUGAGCCAGAGGACUAAAAGUAGGUGUGAUCCCAUUAGAAAAUGUGACCCAACAUAUUUUGAGCAAUAGAGGGUGCCUCUCCCUAGAGGGACCUCACUAGGGACCCCAGGGAGCCCACACAGACCUUAGCUGAUGACAGUUGUGGGGGGCUGUGUGCUAGGCAGUGGAGGUUUAGGGCACGGUGUCAACAGUCUCUGCAUUCUUCCAUCAUUACCACUAACCGUGUGCUGACCCACAGAGGGAGAGAAGAGGCACAGAGGGUAACAGGAAGCUUAGGGGAAACAGGGUUUUGAUUGGGGGUACCCAACAUGUGAAACUGAGAGGUGAAGAAAAGGAGGGCAAGUGUUUCGUUGGCUUUUGCUCAGAGAAUGUGAGGGGAAUCCCUAUGCUCAAGGACCUUACAGACUAGACAGAAUAACUGCCUUACACUAAGGCAUCACCUCUUCCACACGCAAAUGCAGAAAGGGCAAUGACAGAUGAUAGAUGGGCAAGCCUGGGCAGCCCAGGAAGAGCAAACGAGUCAGAGCAUGUCAGGCUUGGAGUGUAUUAGUGAAGAGGGAGGCACAGGACAGGUGAAAGGGUCCUCCAAAGGUGUCCACAUCUUAAUCCCUGGGACCUGUGAGUAUAUUAACUUUCAUGCCAAAAGGGAUUCCGUGGAUGGGAGUAAAUGAAAGAAUCUGAGAUGGGGAGAGUAUUCUGGAUGGCCUGGGUGGGGCCAAUGUAAUCACAAGGGUCCUUAUAUGGGGGAUACAGGAGGGCCAAGGGCAGAGAAACAGAUGUGACAAUGAUAGCUGUAGUCUGAGACUCUCAGUCUUUUAAGAUGGAGGAAGGGACAUGAGCCAAGGAACACAGGUGGCCUCUAGGAGCUGGAGAAGGCAAGAAGAAGUACUGUCUCCUACACCUCCAGAAGGAAUACAGCCCUAAAAGAACCUUAAUUGUAGUCCACUAAGAAUUACGAACUUCCGACCUCCAAAACAGUAAGAUAAUAACUGUGAGUUGCUUUAAGCCACUACAUCCACGGUAAUUUGUUACAGCAGAAACAGGAAGCUAAUACAGGCUCUUCUAGGAGUCCAGGUUAGUGAAAAGGUACCAAGCAGCUAUAGAUUUCUCAAAAUUCAAGUAGGGUUUGGGGAGAAAAAAAAUGGAGGGUUUUAAAUUACGUAUGUCUUUGGUUACCAUAUACAGAACUUUUGAAAUAAAGUCAAACAAUCUGAGUUGUCCAUGCAAAUCCCUGAAAGCAGAGGCAAUUAAACUGUUUUUCAGGCAGCCAGGUAUUGAAAGUAAUUUCCUAUUUUUCCUUCAAAAUUCCAUGCCAUGAUCUCACCCACUAACCAAUGAAGCAAGAAACUGAGAUUUUUGUCCCUGGGAUGACACCUUGCUGCCCCCAUCAGAUAGUCACAAACCUCAUGAGACUGGACUUGGUCCUUUUCUUCUCUCAUACCCCAAAGGAACUGAAAGAAGGACCCAUAGCCUCUCUAAAGGAGAAAGCCCAUUAUUGUGGUGACUGCCUCUUUUAUGAAGGGCUGGGAUCAGGUUCAAGGUGUGGUAUCACAUAAGGCUGGAUUCUGCCCUGAGUGUGGCAGGCAUCCACACCAAUGUGUCCAGCUUCAGAAAUGGCAUGCAAGAUGGUGGCCAAGCAGCCUAAGAGAUGCAUACUAGGUCCCAUCAAGCUGUGUCCCAGCACAUCCUGGAGAGAGAGCCACAGUCAGGAGAGCUUGGCUACUCCUGGUUGGAUAUCCUUGGAUGAGCUACGCACCUACAAGCCUCAGUGAUGUCAGUGGGAUAUUUUAGGGUCUAAUUUCACUGCCUAGCCAAUGACCCUGAUGACGGCACAGUAAGUGUACAAAUGUAUAUCCAAAAAUAAUUCCUCUUAAGGUUGUUCUAAGUGUCACCCUUAGUGCCCUUGACAUAGUCACCAUAGCAGCAAAGGAUCCCGCUAACAUCUAAAUCAGAUGGUGUCGGUGCUCUGCACCAAAUCCUCUAGUGCUUUCUGACCUUAUCCAUGAUCCUCGCAUUGGCCUAUGAGGCCUACCGUGAGCUGCUCGCCUUCCCCCACCCCAUCUCAUCUAAUUUUCCUUACUCCUUCCAUGCCAGCCACAUUUGUCUUCCUGCUCCUCCUCUAACUCAAGGUCAGCAAACUUUUUAAGGGCCGGUCAAUACUUACUUUCAUUCAGCUUUUUGGGCAACACAGUCUUCAAAGCCGUGACUCAGCUCUACUGCUGUACUGCAAAGGCAGCCAUGGACGAUACAAACAUGAAUGAGCACGGCUGUAUUCCAAUCCAACAAGCUGGGGACUGGACUGGACUGCAGCCUGCUGACCCCUGAUCUAACUCUUCACACAUCUGCCUCCAGUCCCCCGCACCUGCUGUUCCCCUGACAAACACGUGGCUCUCUCCUUCACCUCCUGCAGGUCUUCAUUCAGAUGUCACCCUCUCAGGAAGCUCUGCCAAGGCCACCCUAGCACUGCCCCCCUGCUUUUGCUCUUAAUGCUCAUUUUGGUUAUUGUCUGUCACCCCCACCCCCCACCAACUAGAAUAAGGGAUUUUGUCUGUUUUUUUUUUUCACCACCGAAUUCCCAGGUGCCUUGUAUAUAGCAGACACUCAAGAAAUAUUAAUUAAUUGAAUAAAUCAGCCUUGUUACAAAAUGUAGGAAAAGGGGAGCCAUUUCAAAAACAAUAUCCCAAAUGUACCCUAACACAGGAUAAGGGUUUGCAAUAUCUAGAAAGCCCAGGUCACCAGAUUACAUCAUAAUUAAUGAUGUCAUUGUUGGGAAAAUUCUCAGGGUAUCCUCUGAUGUAGGCCUUUCAGGCCUUGAAUCCAGUGGGAUUGAGAACUUUCUAAGAGUGGUGCGGCUCUUGACAACAUGUGGGCUCCACCGGCAGCAAUCAUGGGGGAUGGGCCCACCAAGAAGGUGGGUAACCAGGCCCCCCUGCAGACACAGGCCCUCCAGACUGCCUCUUUAAGGGAUGGUCCGGCAAAGCGGGCCGUGUGGGUCCGCCACAGGAGUUCAGAGCCACAGGAACCUACUGAAUCAAAGGCAGCCAAGGAGAGGCCCAAGCAGGAGGUGACCAAAGCAGUGGUCGUGGACCUGGGCACUGGCUACUGUAAAUGUGGCUUUGCCGGCCUGCCAAGACCCACCCACAAGAUCUCAACAAUGGUGGGCAAGCCCUACAUGGAGACCGCCAAGACUGGGGAUAAUCGCAAGGAGACAUUCGUGGGACAGGAACUCAACAACACAAACGUUCAUCUCAAGCUGGUUAACCCUCUGCGACAUGGCAUCAUCGUGGACUGGGACACAGUGCAGGAUAUCUGGGAAUAUCUCUUCCGACAAGAGAUGAAGAUCGCGCCGGAGGAGCAUGCGGUCUUGGUUUCAGACCCACCGCUGAGCCCACACACCAACAGAGAGAAAUAUGCUGAAAUGCUGUUUGAAGCCUUCAACACUCCUGCGAUGCACAUCGCCUACCAGUCGCGCCUGUCCAUGUACUCCUAUGGAAGGACCUCCGGCCUGGUGGUGGAGGUUGGCCAUGGCGUGUCCUACGUGGUCCCCAUCUACGAGGGUUAUCCUUUGCCCAGCAUCACCGGAAGGCUGGACUACGCAGGCUCUGACCUGACAGCCUACCUGCUAGGCCUGCUGAACAGUGCGGGAAACGAAUUCACCCAGGACCAGAUGGGCAUCGUGGAGGACAUCAAGAAGAAAUGCUGCUUUGUGGCCCUGGAUCCCACUGAGGAGAAGAAAGUCCCUCUCAGUGAGCAUACGAUCCGCUACGUGCUGCCGGAUGGGAAGGAGAUUCAGCUGUGCCAGGAACGGUUCCUCUGCUCAGAGAUGUUCUUCAAGCCGUCUCUCAUCAAGUCCAUGCAGCUGGGCCUCCACACCCAGACCGUGUCCUGCCUUAACAAGUGUGACAUCGCCCUCAAACGGGACCUCAUGGGGAACAUCCUGCUCUGCGGGGGCAGCACGAUGCUCAGUGGCUUCCCCAACCGUCUGCAGAAGGAGCUAAGCAGCAUGUGUCCCAAUGACACCCCGCAGGUAAACGUGCUGCCUGAGAGAGACAGUGCCGUGUGGACCGGUGGCUCCAUCCUGGCCUCACUUCAGGGUUUCCAACCACUGUGGGUCCACCGCUUUGAGUACGAGGAACAUGGGCCUUUCUUCCUCUACAGAAGGUGCUUCUGAACGGUGAUGAGGAUGGCCACUGCACUGGCAGCGCGUACCCUCGGCGGGGUGAGCGCACUCCCACACACAGGGGUGGAGCCGGUGCUUAUUCCUGUAGCAUUAAACACCCCUCAUAUGCCCCUC